AGAAGGUUUUUCAAAACACAAAAAUAAUGUUAAUUGUAAAAAAUCAAAUAACAAUUUUAGCGUGUACGGUUUUAUGUUUAUUUGUGAUUGCAGUUGUUACUAUUAAAUUAACAAAUGCAAAAUCAAUUUCAAGAGUAGAUAAAAGUCAUACAUUAAAACGAAAUUUGAAUAAUAGAUUGUCAAAUUUUAUUAAUGAAACAAAUUCAAAAAAUAUUAGAGAAGCAAUUAAAAAAUUUCAAUUAAAUGAUCAUUACAAUCCAUAUAAUUUUCAAUUAAAAAAGAAUUGUACAAAAUUAGAUAAUAAAAUUCAUAAAGUUUUCAAAAUACCAGCAGAAUUUUAUGAAGAUCCACCAGGCGAAAAUUCAUUAUAUGGAUAUGAAGUAAAUUAUUGUUGCUGCUGUGAAUUACCACAUCCUAUACCAAAUCAAUUAAAAAACUGUAAUACUGACAUAACUCAAAAUUUGUUCGAAUAUGUCAGUGUUACAGUUGCUCUUGUUUGCUGCAACACUGACAUAACUCGAAUUUUAAAAUUUUCGAAUUUUGGAUCAUCUUUUCCUAAUUGCAUACAAUGUUGUGAUGUUACAUUUAAAGAAUAUACGGUAGCAUUUGGUGUUAUCGAUAGGUUGUCAUUAACAGUAAUAAAAACUAUUUUAGGUUAA